UUCAGAGAGACGAUAAAUUAAAAUGACAAUUUAACAGUAUUUAUUUAGAUACGUAUGACAAAUAUUUUUCGAACAAUGCGUUCCUCGCUGUGAUGAUCGAGCCACUUGAUUUGCACGAUACGUUCACAAAUUUUAGUCGACAUGAAUAAUGCAAAACAAUUGUUUUAUCAUAUAUACACUAGUAACUGGUAAAAUAAAUGUUAUAUAUAUAUAUACCUUAUUUGUUAAAAAAAUUUUAAAUAGAUAUUUAAUUUUUAUAGAUAAAUAACUUAUUUAAAAUAGUUAUUAAAUAAAUAAGUUGAAACAAUAUAUAUCGGCGUUUAGCCGCUGAGAUAAAUCUUUUAUCUCUCGCAUCUCUCGCUUGAUAUCAACGAAACCGAAUACAAGAGUUGUCUUGUUAAAUAAUUCUACGAAGACGCGUGACGAUUACACGUAAAUUUAUCGCAAACAAGUUUGCGUAUACGUCAAGAUUUAUAAACAUUUAACACAACAAUAUUGGUUGCGUGAAUGUUUCGACACUCACGUCAUGUCCGUGCGCGGUCAUGUUUUCUAAAAAGCAGCAUCGAGAAGCAGUUUUAUCCGAGUAGCAUCAAAUUUAUGCCAACGGUUUCAGAACCGUUCAUCGAAUAAAGAGUGAGUAAAAGUGAGAGAAAAAUGAGAGACGGAAAAUGUGGCUGCGGCCGAGAUCGAAAUCUUUGCUUCGUAUAGUCACUGCGAAACCUGUUUUCUGACGCACACGCACAAACACACGGUAGUCUAUUAAAUGUUUUUUUUCUUAUAUAACACACAAUUAAGCUUGACAUAAAUCUCACUGGAAUAAAUUUUCUUUUUUGUGAACGAUAUAAAGCACGCUCAGAUGUACUCGCGAGUGAAAUACUUCGGUCAAGGUGGACCGAUAAAGAAAUUGUGUGUUCGAUUUUGCUCAACCCGUUUGAGUAUCAUUGACAGAGACGGAAGCGAAGAACCCAAGCCCUUCGAGGAGAUUCCCGGACCGAGAUCUUUUCGUUUAAUUGGCACGCUAUACAAAUAUUUACCUUUUGGUGAGUAUAGCUUCAACAAGUUGCAUGUGAACGGUAUAUUGAAACUAAGGCGUUUUGGGCCUCUGGUACGGGAAGAAAUAGUGCCGGGAGUGCCGCUUGUUUGGGUUUUUCGACCCGAAGACAUCGAGGCAAUUUUCAAAGCCGAAGUGGGUCUGCAUCCCGAGAGACGGUCGCACUUGGCUCUUUUGAAAUAUCGAAAAGACAGAAGCAGCAUCUACAACAGCGGAGGGCUCUUGUGCACAAACGGCACCGAAUGGUGGAGAAUAAGACGGGAGUUUCAGAAGGGUCUGAGCAAACCCCGCAAUAUCGCUAAUUAUUUGGAAGACACCGAUGCUGUUGUACAAGAAUUCGUACGUCUUUGCGCUCGAGAAAAAACCGACGAUUUACAACCUCUGCUUUCUCGCCUUUUCUUAAAUUUAACAUGUCUCGUCGCAUUUGACGUGAAGAUGCAUAGCCUGUCGGACGAGGAGAGACAUCCGCAUUCGCGAAGUUCGAGACUCAUGGAGGCGGCAUUUAUGUCCAAUAGCGCGACAUUGAAAUUAGACAAUGGUUUGAGGCUCUGGAGAUUCUUCGACACUCCGUUGUAUAGGAAAUUAUGUAAAGCGCAAAAUUACAUGGAAAAAGUAGCGCUUCAAUUGAUCACAGAAAAAAGCAAAGACACGUCACGAAAGCAAUCGCUUCUCGAUGAAUAUCUGAAGAACGAGGCUUUGGAUAUUAAAGACAUUGUGGGCAUGGCGUGCGACAUAUUGCUCGCCGGAAUGGAUACCACGACGUACAGUAUGGGAUUCGCUUUGUAUCAUCUCGGGAGAAAUGUCGAAGCUCAGGAGAGGCUGAGAUCGGAGGCCGCGACAUUGUUGUCGGAUCCCGCUUCCGCGAUAACCACGGAAACUCUGAGAAACGCCAGUUACACGAAGGCCGUGAUAAAAGAAACUUUUCGCAUGAAUCCAAUUUCCGUUGGAAUAGGUCGUAUUUUACAAACGGAUGUGAUUCUCAGCGGAUAUCGCGUUCCCCGAGGAACUCCGGUCGUCACGCAAAACCAAGUGAUUUGUCGACUCCCCGAGUUUUUCGACGAGCCGAACACGUUCAAACCGGAGAGAUGGCUGCGCAAUAGGAACGACCGGAUGAACGGAACGAAGAAAAAGACUGUAAAUCCGUACGUGUUAUUGCCGUUUGGUCACGGACCGCGGUCGUGCAUCGCCAGACGAUUCGCCGAGCAAAACUUGCAGGUUCUCUUACUUCGGAUAUGCAGAGAACUGAGUUUUACAUGGUGUGGAGGAUCUCUCGAGCCAGUUUCAUUGUUAAUCAACAAACCCGACGGACCCAUUAGAGUGAAGUUCGAAAAAUUGCAUGCGUAAAAGAGAUAAAG